AUGGAUAUUUCAAGUGUUCAGAGAGGGAUGGAGAGCAAAAAGAAGACUAGGAGGAAUAACAAAAGCAAUUCUCUUAAAGUCGUGUACAUAUCUAGCCCCAUGAAAGUGAAGACUUGCGCGUCGAGGUUUCGUUCCCUUGUGCAAGAACUCACGGGGAGACACUCCGAUGUAUCGCGAUACAUGGAGACCAAUGGUGCUGAUGCAGAUUUUCAUGAGAUUGUUUGUGAAGAUGAUAGAGUACUACCUAAGUCUACGGUGGAUGAUGAACAUGCAUCUUUGAUUUCUUCCAUGGAUAGUAGAGAAUCUCCUACAACUACAAGUUCAGAUUCAUUUUUGGAGCCUAUAGAUAGUGUGUUUAGCUCUCAAAUGGAUAACCAGUUUGGAGGUUUUCUUCCUUCUAGUUUGCUUUAUGAUUCUCGUCAAUUUGAUGAUGUACUAGGGAGCUAUAUAUGA